UGUUCUUCCCUUGGACUUUUCUCCGGGACCUGCGGCACAAACGCACCGUCCCGCUCCGGUCUGCGGCCCCAAACGGCCCCGAAACCAGCGCUCACAGCCCGGGGAGAGGACUGCCAUGCCCGCCGCCCGGCUCUAGCACCACCUCGGCCCCUUUUCGUGUGGUUGACGCGGACACCAUGCUGAGCUUCCUGCGGAGGACUCUAGGGCGGCGCUCUGUGCGUAAACAUGCAGAGAGGACUCGUCUGCGCGAGGCCCAGAGAGCGAACACGCACAUCCCGGCGGCCGGCGACGCCAAAUCUGUCAUCACCUGUCGAGUGUCGCUGUUGGACGGGAGCGACGUCAGCGUGGAUCUGCCGAAAAAGGCUCGGGGGGAGGAGCUGUUUGAGCAGAUCAUGUAUCAUCUGGACAUCGUGGAGAAAGAUUAUUUUGGACUGAGGUUCAUGGACGCCGCUCAGGUCCCGCACUGGCUCGACGUCACUAAAAGUAUAAAGAAACAGGUCAAAAUCGGGCCUCCGUACUGUCUCCACAUGAGGGUCAAGUUCUACUCGUCUGAACCAAACAACCUGCACGAGGAGCUCACCAGGUAUUUGUUUGUGCUGCAGUUGAAGCAGGACGUCCUCUCUGGAAAACUGGAGUGUCCCUUUGAAACAGCCGUGGAACUGGCCGCCUUUUCACUACAGGCUGAGUUGGGCGACUGCGACCCCCUGGAGCACCCCCUGGACCUGGUCUCAGAGUUCAGGUUCAUCCCAGAACAGACCGAAGAUCUGGAGCAGGCCAUUUACAACGCCUGGAAGAACUGCAGAGGUCAGACUCCAGCUCAGGCCGAGAUCAACUACCUGAACAAGGCCAAGUGGCUGGAGAUGUACGGAGUGGACAUGCACAUGGUCAAGGCACGAGACGGAAACGAGUACAGCCUGGGCCUAACCCCGACCGGAGUGCUGGUGUUUGAGGGACAGACCAAGAUCGGACUGUUCUUCUGGCCCAAGAUCACACGUUUGGACUUUAAGAAGAGCAAACUCACUCUGGUGGUGGUGGAGGACGAUGACCAGGGUAAGGAGCAGGAGCACACGUUUGUGUUCCGUAUGGACCACCCUAAGGCGUGUAAACACCUGUGGAAGUGUGCGGUGGAACAUCACGCCUUCUUCAGACUCAGAGGUCCAGUCCAGAAGAACGCCACACGCUCCAGCUUCAUCCGCAUGGGGUCAAGGUUCAGAUACAGUGGGAAAACCGAGUACCAGACGACAAAGGCAAACAAAGCCCGAAGAUCCACUUCAUUUGAGAGACGCCCGAGUCGCCGCUACUCCAGAAGAACUCUGCACAACAGAGGUCCUUUCACUCCACAGGAAGUGCUGUCUUCAGGGAACGGGGUGAGCUCGAGCAAAGACCGGGUGUCAGCAGUGAGGGGGGCCUGGUCUGCUCCUGUGGUCCCUGCAGCGCCCCCCUGUGGCCCGGUUGAGAUCCAGCCUCUGCCCCACAGCCCCGGGACGGACAAGAGAGGUUUGUCGGCGGUUCCUGACCUGAUGGAGACCUGUAUCGAUGACGUCCUCCGCGCCCUCCCCUCUCCUCCCACCUGCGCUCCAUCUGCCCCUCCUCUCUGCCCCAUAGCCCCUCCCCUCUCCUCCAUAGCCCCUCCCCCAGACUCUGCAGAGGAGGGGGCUGUCGCUGUGUGCGUGGACGACCGCCUCAGUCUGACCGAGGCGGCAGCUCGUCUGAAACAGCUGGAGUUGGAGAGCGCCGCUGUUCCACUGACGCCCAAAAAUGUCAACGUCAACGUGGCCAUGAACAACCAGGAGCUGGUGAAGCUCACAGAGAAGGCGGUCCUCUCCAGCUCUGGCUCCGCCCCUCUCCCCGCCCCCCUGAGGACCCCCGACAUCCUCAAGAGCAACAUCUUGAAAGCCCAGGCCGAGGCCGCAGCCUGCAAGGUUUCUCCGGAGGAGCUCAUUGUGUCAGACAAGAACUGCAACCUGCAGGACCCCACGGCCAGGCUGAAGGUUCAGAGCGGGCGUCUGGGCAGUAACAGCUCUCUGUCUGUGAGAGCAGACGUCCAGGAUCUACUCAAGACUCCGCCUGCAGCUGUCAGCGUGGAGCUUCUGAGCGAGGAUCUCUCACUCUCCUGUGUAACCCUGGAGCUUCCCCCUGAAACACUGCCCCCUCAGGUGAGUCCAGAGGAGGCGGAGCUAAGUGUGAGCGCUCCUCUGUCUGAAAACCUCAUCGACUUCAGCGACGUCGCUCCAGUGCUCCCUCCGGUCCAGUCCAAACCUUCCAUCACUCCGCGGUGGAUCGUUCCCUCCAGUGCACCUCCAGGCAUCUUCAGUAACGGCGUCCUGGACCCAGAGUGUAAGAGCUCGUCUGUGAGUGUGGAGGUGGCGCCCCCUGUCGCUCGCUCCAACAACAACAACAACAACAGUUCAGUCCAGGCUCCUCCUACAGACGAUGUCUCCAGACCCAGAGGCCUCCUGACCACAGAGCUCUGAACAUGUCCAACAUGUCCAACAUCCAGCCACACCCCAGAGGGACAUGGACCUCUGGACAUGUCCCACAUGUCCCACACCUGCAGACCAUGUCUCCAGUCUAAAACCCCAUUCACACACAGCCCGGCCUCCAUUUGACCCGUUUGGCCAGAACAGGGUCAUGUGUGAACCACGACUGAUGUCCAGUUUUCAUCUGGCUCAUUUCCAGCAUAAUUCCAAGGAAUAAACGGGGAAGGUUUGACGUGCGAACCAGGAAAAUACCAACACUUCCUGCUUUUUGCUGCGUGAGAGACACAGACAAACAGGUGGUGUGUGAGCAGAUCUGGGAACGUCCUGGGAACGUCCUGGGAACGUCCUGGGACUGAUGCAUGUGUGAUUAUGUUAUGUUUAUGAUCCACAGAACCUGCCUCUGUGGUAAAUCUGGACCAAAACAUGUCGACUGGAACAUCUCUCCCUCUCUCCCUCUCUCCCUCUCUUCCUCUCGCCCUCUCCCUCUCUUCCUCUCGCCCUCUCCCUCUCUUCCUCUCCCUCUUCCUCUUUCUCUCUCCCUCUUUCUCUUCCUCUUAAUGUAUCUGUGACUUUUGAACCGAAUGAACUUAUUUUUAAAGUUUUAACGAGUCACUUUUAUGAAAAACAGAAUUUUAAGCAGCAGGAGUUUUAGAUUUUUACACUGAUGGAGUCAAAAGAUCAAAACGGGAACAAGUUUGAGUUUCAGAUUAAAGUUGAACCUUGUUUUUAUAUUUAAGCCUUAAACGUACGACAGGAUUAAUGUUUUUAUUAGAUUUGAAGUUUGGCGCCGGUUUGAGCUGGACACAACAUUCCAAGUUGUUUUCAUCUUGUUUUUUUUUAAUGCUGUUAAAGUCGCUGAUGUUAUUUUACAUUCCACUGUCGUCCAUCCUCCAGGUCUGUGCCACAGCUGCCCUGGGGCAAACUGACAGACUGUGGCUGCCAUUCUGUGCCAUCGGCCCCUUAGAAAUGUCAUGACACACGUUUGAUGAAGAGAUGAUUAAGAGAGAUGUGAGAAACGUGUCCUCUGCAUUUGACCCAUCCUUCAGGGUCUGGGUUCAACCUGGACAGUGUUUUACAGAAAUCUGUUUUUGAAAGUUCAUUUUUGUUCAUCGGAAGAACUAUGACCUCUGACCUGUGUUCUGAGGGGUCUGGGCACUAGACUGGACACUGGACUGGACUGGGUCUGGACCGGGUCUGGACCGGGUCUGUGGACUAGAGAUCAUCACAUUUCCUCUUUGUAUCAUCGACUCUGGCCCUUAAACCUCCAGCACAGACGGGGGUUUUGUUCUGUCCGUCUUCUGUCCGUCUUCUGUCCGUCUUCUGUCCGUCUUCUGUCCGUCCUGCUGCAGGGGACACUGCACAACAAAAGGGGCUGUGAGUUUAGAGUAAAUUUAAAUUUAUGAUUUGGGGAAAAUGAUCCAAAUCAGCUCAAAAUGAUCAGCCCAUCGAGUUCACUGGACUCAGCACCGGCCAUGAAAAAAAAACACAUCACUGGAUCUUUACUGUGGACGUCUGGACAUGUUUGAGUCUUUCACUGGACACUGGACCCUGGACCCUGGACACUGGACCCUGGACCCUGGACACUGGACCCUGGACCCUGGACACUGGACCCUGGACACUGGACACUGGACACUGGACCCUGGACCCUGGACCCUGGACCCUGGACACUGGACAGUUCAUGUAGUUUUUAUCUGGUUUAUUCCGUGGGCACAUUUUACAUUUGAAUCACAUUUGAGGAUGUGUUUUGUCGUUGGUUUUGUCGUCGUCUCUGACCAGAGUCUUAAGUUUAUGUGACGAGACGCAUUAGGACGUGAAACAUUCCAAUCCAACAACUUCCCGCCGAGUUUCUUUUAAAGCUCCUGUUUUACACUAAAUGGACUGUUGUAGCUUUAAGUCCUGUCCUAACCUCCUCAAAAACAGACCUGGAGUUGUGUUUUGUUUCAUUCACAUGUUUGAGUCACACUUUAUUAUUCGUCUGUCACAUCUACAAACCUCAAAACGCUCUGUUCCACCUUGUGAUGUCAUCAAGUGGUAGUUUUCAUGUUAACUCCUUCUACUUUUACCUUUACUUCAGUAGUAGAUCGGCAACUCCAGGACUGAAAUGAUCCUAGAAAUGAAGGUGUGUGGAGUUUAAAAACACAGUGGAGCACUUCCUGUAUCACCACAUGAUGACAUCACAAGGUGGAACAGAGUGUUUUCAGUCUGACAGAAGAACUCCAGGUCUGUGUGUGACGAGGAAACGUUAGCUCAGAUCAGAGACGGUUCGAUUAUGGGACAUUUAAAGAUUAUUUCUGUGCGAUGUUUGUUUUUGUUUUCUGCGUUUCGCUCUGAGUAAAACACUUUUUCUCUGGAUUUAAAAAGUGUUCGGAGCAGUUGAGCCGUGUACGUUUUAACAAUCACACAACACGUGAUUUUUACAUUCCAGAAACCCCGAUCGGCGUCGAGUAUUUCACCGAACGCUCCGCCUUUACCUGAUCCCGCUGUCGCACGUGCGUAGACCGACUCGAACCCACGACCUCCUGGUGAGAGGGAGGACACUUCACACUUGCGUCCCCCUUGCGUCUCCUUUAAACACAUGGUACUUUUUUUUUUUUUUUUUAGCUCAAAGUUCUUUCAUUUUGGUUUGAAUCCUCAGCCUUUGUAGAUAUGAAGUAUAAAGUAUAAAUAUAUAAAUGUUACUGCAAAAUGUGACGUAGUUUUUUCACUGUUUAAAUCAAACACUUUGUCCACAGUCGUCUCUGUUUUUCAAAGUAAAAGUCCUCGUGCUGGUUUUAUUUUGGAAUCUUGUUUCUGUGGACGUGGAGUUUUUGUAUUAACUGUAGCGGAACAUUCCUCUUUUUUUUUUUUUUUUUUACCGUUUUCUCUCGUUUUUAUUUGUCGAUUUGAGAAUCACACGUUUCUGUAGAACUCACAAAUAUAAAGAACAAAUGUUUUAUAAUAAACGCAGUAGAUGAAUC